GAUCAAGUUGGCUGCUGCAAUUUCUUGCGCUCUCUGAGCCAUGUCAUGAUUCACUGAGCCAUUCCUUUCCCUGGCUCAUUCGUAAGCUCGUUUUGCAGUGACUACUUAAACAUUUUAUAUAGUCGUACGUAUGUAGCUACCGCUUCAGUUUGGUGUUUAAACGCGUUGCUCGUACUUCAUUAAGCUGUAAUCAGUUCAGGUGGUGUUGCUAUCGCUUAGUACACAUACUUUGAAAAGAAAAUAUAGUCUUAUGUUGUGAACGUCACCCAAAAAGAAUAUUUGAAUACCUUACAAUAUUUCGAGCCAAAAAGGAGUUUAACAAAUUAAAACAAGAAUUGUGAAAAGUCCAAGUAUAUGCCAUUCAUACGACUUUGAAAGCCAUGGAUCUUACAGGAUUUUACCAAACUUUUAUUUCGUUCCUGAUCUUGUGUGCAUUUUUCAAUUUUCCUGAAGUAUUUGCAGUACGUGUUGCCAACUCACAGCAAAAUCAACCUAAGAAAGCAAAUCAACCGGAUCUUACACCAUUGGGGUCCUUUUGGCAGCAACAUGUGGCCACUCCCAGUAGUUCAACUCCAUUUGAUUCACCAUUUUUUUCAGCAACACAUGGCCUUGUGCAGACUCACCCCUCUCUGGGUGGAAGUCAUUCCGGGCCCGCUCCAUUAAAUAGCAAUAGCCUUGGGACUGGUGUGCCUUCCUCAAUCUUAGCUGGUACUAAACCAUCUCUAACCGCUGGUAGCGGGUAUCUGAACUCUCGCGGAAGUCUACCGACCUCUGCACGUUAUCCAGCUAAUAAGAUCACAGGGACCGUGGUCGAACCCAACCCAAAAUCUCCUUUCCGUCACUUAGAUUUCUCUACUAGUGCAACUGCUGAACUGCGGCGCAAUCCUGCACUAUCUGCCCCUGAUGAAUGUGCACGCGCCUGUCGCGAAGGCGAGCCUCCGAGAAUUUGCUAUUAUCAUUUUACGUUGGAAUACUACACAGUAUUGGGCGCUGCGUGCCAAGUAUGUACUCCAAAUGCAACGAAUACGGUUUGGAGCCACUGUCAGUGUGUCUUAGCUGAUGGAGUUGAACGAGGAAUUCUUACUGCGAAUCGUAUGAUACCUGGCCCAAGCAUUCAAGUAUGUGAAAACGAUAAGGUGGUUAUUGAUGUGGAAAACCAUAUGGAGGGAAUGGAAGUAACUAUACACUGGCACGGUAUAUGGCAACGUGGAUCGCAGUAUUAUGAUGGCGUACCCUUUGUCACUCAAUGCCCCAUUCAGCAGGGUAAUACCUUCCGUUAUCAGUGGACAGGAAACGCCGGGACACAUUUCUGGCAUGCUCAUACCGGUCUUCAGAAACUAGAUGGACUAUACGGCAGCGUCGUGGUUCGACAGCCACCAUCAAGGGACCCAAACUCCCAUUUAUAUGAUUUUGAUUUAACAACACAUAUAAUGCUUAUCAGUGAUUGGUUGCAUGAAGAUGCAGCCGAGCGAUAUCCAGGACGUUUGGCUGUUAACACAGGCCAAGAUCCGGAGUCCAUGUUGAUUAAUGGAAAAGGCCAGUUUCGCGACCCAAACACUGGCUUUAUGACUAAUACUCCAUUGGAAAUAUUCACGAUUACACCAGGACGUCGUUACCGCUUUCGGAUGAUAAACGCAUUUGCUUCAGUCUGUCCAGCACAGGUAACGAUCGAGAGCCAUGGCAUGACGGUUAUAGCCACCGAUGGUGAGCCUGUGCAUCCCGUUGAUGUUAACACAAUCAUAUCAUUUUCAGGUGAGCGCUACGAUUUUGUUAUAAGCGCCGAUCAACCUGUGGGAGCGUAUUGGAUACAGUUACGUGGACUUGGUGAGUGCGGUAUUCGUAGAGCUCAACAACUGGCUAUCCUACGUUACGCUCGUGGACCUUAUCAGCCAGCGUCUUCUCCGCCAACAUACGAUGUGGGAAUACCGCAAGGAGUCGUUAUGAAUCCUUUGGAUGCUCAAUGCAACCGUCAACGAAACGAUGCCAUAUGUGUAAGCCAACUUAAAAACGCUCUUGAGAUUGAUCGUGGUAUAUUGGCAGAGAAGCCAGACGUGAAGAUUUUUUUACCAUUCCGUUUCUUCGUUUACCGGGCUGAAGAUCUUUUCCAGCCAAACACAUACAAUAGAUUUUUAGUGGCACCCACCGGCGACCAUGUAAUAUCACUCAUCGAUGAAAUUUCGUACCUAUCGGCUCCAGCGCCACUGACUUCUCAAUAUAAUGAUAUAAACCCAGAACAGUUUUGUAACGGAGAUAAUCGACCCGCAGAUUGUGGACCAAAUUGUAUGUGUACUCAUAAAAUUGAUAUUCCACUCAACGCAAUUGUGGAAGUCGUGUUAGUCGAUGAAGUUCAACAACCCAAUUUGUCACAUCCUUUCCAUUUGCACGGAUACGGUUUCAGUGUCAUUGGUAUUGGGCGUUCUCCAGAUUCAUCAGUGAAGAAAAUCAAUUUGAAGCACGCUUUGGACCUAGACAGGCGCGGACUUUUACACCGUCAGUACAAUUUACCGCCGACUAAGGAUACAAUUGCAGUACCAAAUAACGGCUAUGUUGUGCUGCGGUUUAGAGCUGACAAUCCUGGCUUCUGGCUCUUCCACUGUCAUUUUCUUUUCCACAUUGUUAUUGGUAUGAACUUGAUUUUACAGGUCGGCACUAACGCUGAUCUACCACCUGUUCCACCAGGAUUCCCAACAUGUGGGGACCACACACCAUCCAUUCCAAUAAAUUAAUAUUUUACCUGACGCACAAGUAAAUUAACCCAUAUGGCGACAAAUCUGAAAAGAGCAAACAGGACCUACAUACAUACUGAUUAAACAGUUUGUAAAUAGCAUCCUCCAUCACUAUAUAUGAAACAAGAUUGUAUAUAUAUAUAUAUUUAAAACGCACAAAGCACUGUUUUUGCUUAAUAAUUGUAACACUGCCAAUGUCCAAUUAUAUUUAAAUAACAAUAUACCUUUCCUUAAAUUUUCACCCAUGAGCAAACUAUCAAAUGUAUAUAUUUUAUUAUUUGU